AUGGUCGGUGUUAUACAAUUCUUCCGAGGCCAGUUUCAGACGCCCCCGUUACCCAAGGUCGACCUGGCUGGCCGCACCAUUGCAAUCACCGGUGCGAAUUCCGGACUCGGCCUGGAAGCCGCCAAACAGUUGGUGCAACUCAACUGCAGCACCAUCGUGCUGGUAUGCCGCACAUUGGCCAAAGGGGAAGAGGCCAGGAAGAUCAUUGAAGCAACAUCCAGUGGCAACGGACGAAAGCCACAGUUCGCCCUCCUUGAGCUGGAUCUCGGCUCCUUUGCAAGUGUCGUCGCUUGCGCCGAAAAGUUCAGAGACCUUCCCCGGUUGGACGCCGCUAUUCUCAAUGCCGGGGUAGAACUUCACAAAUUCUCCUUGUCCGAGGGGUAUGAGAGUACAAUAACCGUGAAUGUGAUUUCGACCUUUCUCCUUGCGACCUUACUGAUCCCGACUUUGCGUCAAUCGGCCGCCAAACACAACAUUGCCCCUGUGCUGUCCGUGACUGGAUCGGCCGUCCACUUCUGGGCGAAUGCUCGAGAUCUUACCACUCCUCCCGACGGGCAAAUCCUCAAAACGCUCUCGGACUCCCAGAAGGCGAAUAUGCGGGAACGGUACUUCCUCAGCAAACUCCCAGUCAUGCUCCUGGUCAAACGGUUUGCGAAAGUGCUCACGGCCUCGGCUGAGGCUGAUCCUAUCGGCAAACCAUUGGUCGUGAUCAACAACGUCGCUCCAGGACUGUGCAAUACGAAUCUCUUCCGGGACGCUCCAGCAGCGACGAGGCUCGUUUUGUCACGCGUGGCUCGCUCCAGCGAGCACGGUGCAAGAACUCUGGUCCACGGUGGCACGGCCGGCAAAGAAACCCACGGUCAAUAUCUGAGCGAGUGUCAGGUCAAGCCCUACAGUCCGUUUGUCAAGAGCAAGGAAGGCGACAAAACAGCGGAGAGACUGUGGGAUGAGCUGAGUGUCAUCUACGAGGGACUCAAGCCAGGGUGUACAAAGGAGUUGUGA